AUGUGGGGAGCUAGCGAUGGGGCAGCGCCGGAGGUCACUCUGGAGACGUCCAUGGGGCCCUUCACCCUGGAGGUGCCUGUCCUCCUGCCACUGUCUGUGUUUCUGGGAAUGAUCUGUGCUUUUUCUGGUGAGGAUGACGGAUCCUGGUUUUACGCUUCUUCAGAUGUAUUACAAGCACGCCCCAAAGACGUGCAGGAACUUCUUGGAGCUCGCCAGGAGGGGUUACUACGACAACGUCGUCUUCCACCGGAUCAUCAAGGUCUCCCUGAUUAGUCCCCCUCUUCCCAUCUUCCUCUUCUUCUCAAGGUUUACGGAGGUUAUUUCUCCCCGUUGUCAAUCUUCAUUCUCGUUGGAUUCUUGGUCUAACCCUUUUUAGGGUUUCUGUUUGGAUUAGGACUUCGUUGUGCAAGGCGGAGAUCCGACGGGGACGGGGAGGGGCGGGGAGUCCAUUUACGGGUCAGUAUCUCUGUUUGUUCUCUUGUUUGCCUCCAUAACCGGGUUCCAGAGGAUUUACUUGUGGACUCAUAUAGCGGGGUUUCAGAACGAUCGAUGCUAUUCUAGGGCAUACGAUCUUCAUGGAUAUGUCGAAGCCAUGGAGUCUGUUCUUGGGACGGCUUGUGAUCUAAUGCUGCAAAUUCCUUCCCUCUUCUUUCUUUCUUUCUCGUCUUCUGUGCGCUCCUGCAGUUCCAAGUUUGAGGACGAGAUAAGGCCAGAGCUGAAGCACACGGGAGCAGGGAUCAUCUCCAUGGCGAAUGCUGGCCCCAACACUAAUGGGAGCCAGUUCUUCAUCACCCUCGCGCCGGCUCAAUCGUUGGAUGGUGAAUGCAUCUGUGUAUCAUUCCUUAGCGUAGCGUAUGGCUUGUGAUGAGUUUUCUCGAGCCCAAUCUGUUGUCGAAUGCUGAUCAACGAUGGCUGAGACCUUCAGAUUGUUAAUAGAAUACCUUAAGCUGCUUGGAGAGUACCAGGAUGAUAUUCUCGGGACUUGAGUCUGAGCCUGCGAUUUACUUCCUCCACUCCUUCGUUUUGCAGGAAAGCACACCAUCUUCGGUCGAGUGUGUUCAGGGAUGGAUGUAAUCAAGCGGUUGGGAAGUGUGCAGACGGAUAAGAAUGACAGGUAAGCUUGACUCCCUGAAACACCGAAAAAUCAUGGCCUUGGAGUACACCGAUUGCCUGCGGGCUCUGUUUUCAGAAACAGAAAAGGGAGAAUACAAAGCUGCAGAGAAGAAUGCUGAAAUUCUGAAGAAAUAUAUUUGACUUUUGGGGGGGUGGGUGGGUUGGAGGGAGGGAGGGAGAGAUGAGUUUGAGGAGAACAGUGCCCAUUGCACAGUGCCCAUUCUGGGUCAGGGAUUUGAGGAGAACAGCAGCAGUAAAGGGGAUAUGCUUCAGGGCGAUUCCUGGUGGCUUAAACCACGCAUCUUUGAUUGCCAUGGAAACUAUUCAAAUACACUUAACCACCCUUGAAUUCUGAGGCGGUAUGUCCCAUUUAGUCUGCUUCCUUCACAUAGAAAACCUUAACUCCUUCUUUGUUUCACAUUCUUUUGAGAAAUUCCAUGAGUACUGUUCCUGGUUAUUUAGAGGUUUAAUGUCACAAAAGAAAUAAAUCCUUCUCUACAACUAUGUAUUAAUGAAAUGUAAAAAAUAGAAAAAGACUAAAAAGGGUUCCUUCAUCGAUGAGAAUGUAUGUCAGUUUAAUUGCCUGAGACCAUAAAGGGGAGAAAAUGCUGCGGAAAUAUAUUCCAAUGCCCAACAAAGAGGUGGGAGGACGAUAAUAAUCGAAUUGCCCACCAAUUUUUUCUUUGAACUGCUGUCAGCCAGGGAGUUCUGCUACUCUAGGAUCUCGGCAGUCAUUUAUCUGUUUUAUUUCAGCCAUUGGAUCUGUUACAUCUUCAGCACUUUUCAUUUCUACAGAUUAUUUAAAGUUUAUGAUGAUAUUAUCGGGCGGAUGUCAUAUUUCCUCUUUGUGUCUAUUCCAGGCCCAUUCAUGAGGUGAAGAUAUUAAGGGCCUCCGUGAAAGACUGA